AAUCACAAUGAAAGAAAUCUCUACCACAGCCUCUUAUUAUCACUAUUACUGGUACCCAACAUGCUGAUUGAUCACCCGGGAGGGAACAAGCAGUUGAUUGUGUCAUUAAAGUUAGCGUAAAGGUGGUCCGCUAGCUACCGUACUGUAUCACCACCAUGUCUCUCCGUGUAGCCGCAACACUGCUGCUGUUUUUUUCGACUUCGCGAGCUUUCUCGCACCCAUCAUGGAUUGCUCCUCAUCGACAAGCGACAACAAGAAGUGCUAAAUUGCUGUCUGGAAAGUCACUGGUAGAUCCAGAAUUGGAAUUGCACGAACCUACAGAAAGAGACCGACUGGAAGAAUGUUUUGCAGAAUGUUCGUCGGUAGAAACAACCAAGAGUCUGCCUCCAAGGGCACUCUCCGUGUCCAGUGAAGCCGAGUUGCCGUUCUCGGCCGAAGUGGCUUACGAUGCGUUUUCCAAUCUUACCCGACAACCCGAAUGGUCCCCUUGGUUGCAUUCCGUGGAAUUCAUAGACGAUGCUUCCACGAGAAGCAAAUGGACUCUCAAAGUUCUGGGAGUCUCCUAUUCCUGGAUCUCGAUAGCUACCCGUGGAGAUCGACCUUUUCUCAUUGAAUGGGAGUCUGUUUCGGGCCUCAAAAAUUUUGGGCAAGUCACUUUUGAUCCGAUCGAAAACGGGAAAGCAUGCCGCAUGGUCAUGGUCAUGACCUUUGUUCCUCCAAGGCUGGUGUCGUCUGUCUUUCGCAAUUCCAAACUGCUCACGAGGUUCAUGGAACAACAGUUAAUUGCUUCUUCCUUGAGUACAUUUCGGGAUAUCAUUUUCAGAGAAGAGACCCUGAAACCAGGCUCUUCGUUUAACUCGACAAUGCUCCUAUUUCCAGUCUAGUAGUCCCACAAACAUGGGUGGAUAUCUGCCAAGGCUAUCUGAGAACCUUGUUCCAUGCUGCCCAUGGAUUCGAUUCACUGGUGUCAGUUAGGAUUUCCUGUUUUCAAGUCCUUUACUAGUACCAGGUACGACCUUUUGAUCCCGUCCUUUGCUGACGAAAUGACUAGCUCAUAAGAGCAGAAGGGUUUGGUGGCUAAGGCGGUAUGGCAGGCCAAGUGGCAGGGAUUACGAGGCGGCUCUUGUCCAAGCAUAAUAGUUGCCCCCGAUUGUCAGCAUAGUUUAAGUUUUUAAAAGAAAGCUGAAAAGCCCUACAUGUACUUCGCCUCAGACUUACAUGCUGGUGAUCAACUUGCACAUGAGGUAUGAAUUGGUGCACUAUGAAGCAGAGGUUUUGUUAGUCAGCUCAAACUCAGAUCCACGUCGCACGUAAACAUCAGAAGCCCGCACUAUGCGUUCGUAUCGUUUGUAGCCAACUUGUUCCAUAAUGGAGCGAACCUCUUGCCGCACGGCACAGUUGUCGUCGAGGCAAUGGGCAUUCUCAACUUCCACCAUCAACACGUCAAUGUGAACUCGUUCAAAGUCAAUGGUUCUCAAAACCAGGGCUUCGGAUCCUUCCACGUCCAACGAAAAGAAGUUAAUGCGUUGUCCGCCCGGAAACAUAUCUUCCAACACUGGACCCAGCGGACCACAUGGUACCGGGACUGUAGGCUUUCCCUCAUACGUAAUAAUGGCUUUGCCUUUUUGCCCAGAAUUCGUCAGGGGGUAUUUGUAGAAUUCAACCGAUUUGUUCACCAUUUCAUACUCUGCCGAGCAAGUGGGUGCAAAGCUCAUUUUGUGGGCGCUCGGACGCGCCUCUUUCAUUUUGUCAAAUGAUGCUAGGUUUCCCUCUAUGAGAAGUCCCUUCCAGCCAAGACACCUGUCAAAAAACCUUGUGUUGCUGUCUGUGGAACCAUCGAACGCGCCUAGCUCCACAUAAGUUCCAUUGUCAGGCAUCUUGUUCUGGAAAAAGACUCGAUGAAUCGUCCAGUCCUCGUGCAAAUGACUUCGCAGAGUGUAUGGAAGUUUGAAAAAGUUUGAAAAGUGGGGCCCAUUUCCACACUCGGGUGCUAGUUGCCCUGACUGUCUUUUACUGGGUGGUGUGUAAUGAUAUCUCGAUUUGUAGUUUGCAAAACGUUCGCCUUGGCUGAUGGACGGUCGUGGCGGUCGAACGUACCGGUAUGGCUCUCGGAAUAUCAAACUUGGAUCUUGUUGAUCUUUAGGUUGAUUUUCUGCAACAUAGUCGUGGCGAUUGAUCAGUUUUCCUCUUCUGCCCUUAUCCAAUGGAAGGGAUGAAAUCGAAGGAGAAUCGAGGGUUUGCUUUGCUGAAAGGCCCCGUUGGGUAGCCUGUGAUGCCAAUCCGAUUUGUCUCUCAAGAAAAACGGUUGACAAGAUCACAAGCAACAGCUUUAGAUAGACCCCCGAGGAAGCUGGGUCUUCCCGUCUCCUCUUGAAUGCCUGCAUUGUCAUGGGAAGGAUCUUGGUUCGAAGUAGUAAUGUGGGUUUGUGCACCGAUGCUCCUGUCCCCAUCCUCGUGAGUUGGAAUUUGCCGUUGCAUCGGAAAAAGUGGUGCGCGACGCGGUUGCAAGUGGCGAAGGUCGCAGGCAAUUUUGACAACAUUUUUGGCUUGAAUUGGAUUUGAGGAAAUGCUCUACAACUUGUGGAGCACCGUUGCUUGUACCAGUACACCGCCACGGGCCACUGUCACAAUAGAUCCAAUUUGUGAUCAAACACAACAUGGACAGGUUGUCGGCUGAUGACUUCUGGCCCAACACGAGGAGGCUAAGAUCAACUCCUGGAUGGCUCUCCGCCCAACACCAGGACUGACAUUCUGCCAAAUUUAGCACGCUCAAGCCAAAUAGCAAGCCACACCAGGACCUACACUUGACCCAACAGUUGGCCUGACACCAAGCCCUACACCUGGACUUCGACCUGUUUUGUGCGCCACUUCUGACUCUAAAUAACAUAUUAUGGCCCCAGCACCCAUCUCCUCGUAGCCUUGUUGCUUUCUGGACACACCAGAUCCGAAAUCAAACCCCAUCACUCCCUUCCCAAAAAGCUGGACUCAAACUCACACUCGACCCUGCACCAGGGCAACAUACUGUCUGACUCAGUGCCCAACACCAGUGACAGCUCCUCGCCUAUCCCAAAUCUGCAUCUGAAUAAGCAUACACACGUAUUGCUGGCACCGCACAGGGCUAACUCCUGGCCUUUCGUAAGGACAUAUCGUCGCCCAAGCCUUGCUUCGCGAACCCCAGGCCUACCUCUGACAAGGACCCGUACUUGCACUUGCACCUGCACCUUGAACCAAUACCAGACUUGGCCAGCACCAGGCUCAACUCAAAAGCGUGCAGAGAAACGAGCAUCAGGCCCAAAUGUAGGACUCACUGUCACACCUGCUCCAACUGCCGAGGACAAACUGGUCCAGCAGCAGGCCUCGCUCGUCUUCCUCGACCUGCCCAUGACGGUUGAUGUCUAGUUCAAGCAGCUUGACUCGCAUACCAGGUACCGUACCCCUCUUCUCGACAACGUCGUGCUUCGCUUGCCAGCAUAUGACUUCAGAGGGCUGCAACAGCGACGGUCAGAGAUGUUGCCGUUGUGAUUUGCGAUGCAAUCAGGGCCAGGCAUCUCCGAGUGAGAUGUUUGCUGCGAAACCUGACUUCCAUUGUAAACGCAACCGUAGAAAUGCACAGCGAGAACACCAGAUGUUACAUUGCCAACAUAUUUUGUUUCCUAUAGGUUAUAAAUAGUUGGGAGAACAUGUAUGUCUGCAUGCAUCUAUUUGUUUAUUUAUUUAUUCGUACCAGCUAUGGGUUCUCGCCAUGAACAGUUGUCGCUUCAACAAGGUGAUCACAAAAGUCAUCAAAACAGGAGACAGUCUCAGUUUGGGUAAACACAAGCAAGUGAUAAAUGAUAGCACAGAGUUCUGAAGAAUUUCACGAGAAAGCCCCCCGAUGCUGGACGUCGAAGAUGCCAGUAUUUGAGCUACCUGUGGCCCUUGCCGAUAUUCUUCAAAGUAGUUUCCCUCCUUGGUGCAAACGUUCUUCGACUCUUUGAUAGAUUGCGGAACAUCCUGACAAAUAUGCUUGUCUUGUGCUGCAUUCUGCAACCCACUCCACGCCGACUCUAUGUCACUUCGCAACAUCUCAUUAUGUCUUACAAGAGCAGUUGAUUCUCUUAGCGUGGAAGAGAGUAUCCCAGGGACGGAAGGAUCCAAAGUUCGAGCAAAACCUGAUGUACCCGAUAGUCGGCUGAUGAUCGCCAUCAGUAUAAAUGCUUGUCGUUUCGUCAUUCCCAUGCUUGCAGUUGUCGAUCUCUUGAAAUGAAAUGAGUGCUACUUCACACUCCUAAAGCUAGUAGUUCCGGUACUGAGGAUUAGUAAUCUUCGAUCGUCGCCAAGUUUUGUGAUGGUGGAGUAGAAAGAUUCAACGCAGCAGACAGAAGGGACUGACAAAGAGAUGAUGCGUCGAUGCGU